AUGGUCUUCGGUCUUCUCUCUCUCGUCGCAACAGUUCCUUUAACAGCAUCGUCCGUCUUGACGCUCCAAGAGCAAGCCGAGAAGAAUGAUAGCGAUGGCCCUAGCUCGGAAUGGAAAUACGAAAAAUGCCAUAUACGAUGUCGAGCAACCAAAAGGACGCCAGAGGACCGCAAACAAAUGUUCCAGGACAGCCGCGUAGUGAUUUGCGAAGGCCGACUAUACGUUCAGCUGUCCACAUACCAAGGACCGCAUCUCCAUCCCUUCUCUGGCUACUACCUACCAUUCCCCCACUCCAAUUUCGACGGCAUUGUCUCCACAAUUUCAGACAAUCCUCCACAGUUAAACUGGGUAUAUCUAGACACCAACUCCGACAUCUUCCACUUCAGCCAUGGAUUGCGGGUAGAGGCGGAAGAAAGGCUGCCCGGGCCAUGGGGUGCCCGCGUCUGCUCCGAUGGCGAAAAGCGAUAUCUAUUCGAGAACUGGGAAGGCUUCCUCGCCGUGGAAGAUGAAAACAAGCCCGGCUUAUGGAAGCUCUGCUUUGACAAGCACGACAAUGGGCUCGAGGGUAAAAUACGAACAGGCCAAAGGACAGUAGAAGUGGAGCUCAUACGCGAGGAAAUGCAAGACUAG